AUGAUGAUUGGGGCCGACGACGACGAGUACUCGUCACCGAUGCCACUCAAGAGCGAGAUCUACAAGGACGACGCCGAUGAUGGCAGCGACCAUGACGGUGAUGCUGGCGCUGCUAGCGACGUGUCCGAGCCCAUGCAGGAGCCGUCGCGCCGGCCUCGGCGGUUCCGCGUGCUCCGGCCGCGCGGCGACGCGCGCCCACGUUUUGCCUUUCGCCGCCGGCGCGAGCGCGAUGGCGACCAUACGUUCUGGAACUUUGUGCUGCUUUUAAGCUUCUUGUCGCUCGCCGUGCUCAUUGCGAUCGCCAUCUUCCUCGCGCAAACCGACUUCUUUGUCGAACACCAAGUCGACCUCCUUGGCACGUACGUCGACGAGCACUUUACUGUCGUCUCGACCGAGACCGCAUCCGUGUACCUCAAGAACAACGGCCAUGCGCCUGCGACCGCAAGCAUUGCGCUGGAGGACGGCGCGAUUCGUAUCGGGCAGUACAAGCAAAUUCCGUCCGACGACGCCAAUGAAGACGACCACGAGCCGCGCUUUCAUGGCGUCGAGGUCUCUGGCAAUGGCACGGUCACCUACUCGAAUGGGCUUGUCGCACCAAGUGUCCAGGCCACGACCGUGCAUGCAAGCAACGUCAUCUUUACGGAUGGUACGACCAUGACGACGGCGGCCGGUGUCAGCGGCGGGCUCGUGCAAGCCGGUGACCUCAACUUUGCGUCGCAGAAAGGCGCGAUCGUGGCAAGCACGAGCGGCCAGCAGCGACUCCGCGUCAACGCCGACGGGGCCGUGUGCUUUCCCAACUCAGACGCUGUGCCGCCCGAGGACCCGUCGGCGCUCGGUAUCACGAUCGACGGCCGCCAUGGUCGGAUCGCUCUCGGUGCCCACUUGGUGCUCCACGCCGACAAGACAACCGCCGGUCUCCAGGCCACAACGCCGCUGACGCUUGAAGCCCAGGAGCUCGUACUAGGCCGCGACGGCGCGUCGUCGGUGCGCGUCAUGCCUCGGACGUCGUCGUCGAAGAUUCGCUUGGAGCUAGUCGGGCAGUCGGCGGCCGAUGCCGGCGGCGAUGUCCUUGUCUCGGGCGGCCCCGGCGCCGUCGGCGGCACCAUCACGAUCCAAGGCGGUGCCGGCUCGGCCCGCGCCCUCGGUCACGUCGCUAUCAACACGGACGAGCACGUGACCACGGCAACGAGCAUUGGCAGCAACCAACCGGACAGCCACGUCAAACUGUCGGGGGUCCUCGAGCUCAAUAGCGCCUCAAAGGAGCUCCCGACGUCGAUCGGGGGCACUGUUACCGUUGCUGGCGCCUCCUUUGAGGUCGGGUCCAAGACGAUGCAUCUCGGCCACGCCAAAACGACGACCGAGCUGGCCGUCGCUGCAAGUGUCAUUACGAUGACGAGCGUCAAGGCACUCAACGUCACGGCGGAAACACUACGUCUUCGCGCUGUCUCCGUGGCACUUGGCGCUGCAUCGACGCUUACUCUCGACGCCACAACGCAGCUGCAAAUGACAGCCGGCACGUUGAAAUUGCAAGCGACGGAGAUGCACAUCAACAGCCCAGCGUCAAGUAGCAGCGUCGAGAUCCACGGCAGCAUCGCGCUUGGCGCCAACGCAGGCUUUCGCAAGCACGUCAACCAGACCAUGGUGGCGCUCGGUGGGUCGUCCGUCCUCGUCGGCGAUCCAACGGGCACAAGUUAUGUGUCGUUGGCGGCCGCACAGAGCAUUUCAUUGACGGUAAACGGCUCGGCCCUCGCGAUCGCAUCGGGGCCCAACAAGAUGGUGGCGCUGGCAGCCCCCGCCGGCAUGACGCUCGGGGUUCCUGAUGCGCCGGCCAUGAUGCUAGCGUCCAAAGCCGUGCAUAUCCAAGCCAACCAAAUCCAAAUCGGCGAUGCCAGUCUCUCGACCCAAGUGCAUUUGGACGGCACCAUCUUUGUCAACGGGGUCGAGUGGAGUGCACGACGGCGCCUCGACGCUGAAACGAGCAGCGCACUUCUUCUCUGGCAGAGCACGAGCGGCAGCAUGACCGUCGACAUUCGCACACGGCAAGAAUUUCGACUCGCGUUCACGUGGUACAUGGACCAUACAAUGCAAGCGCCGGCGCCGUUCGCUGACAGCGCCUUCGUCGUGACCCACCCGAGUCCUUCUUCAACGCCGCAUGUCGAGCUGGCCAUGAGCGUCCAUGGGCUCCGCGCCCUCGCUACCUCGGCUAUCACGACACCGCUCCUGCUCCGCUGCCGCCUCGUCCAAACCUCGUUUGACGCGAUGGGGCGCCGCGCCAAAGUGCUUUUGGAAGCAUCCACCGAAGUGGACGUGUGCUCUGGUGACGACGCGACCGACCAUACGCUCUGGGCGUCGACGCAGUAUACACUGACCUGUGCGUUGCGCUUCAAGCGUCCGCAUGCCGCGCUCGAUGCGUCCCUCUCGCUGCACUACGAUCGGGCGGAGGUGACGGUUCGUAGUCUAUAA